UGUCAGCAUUGCAACGGCGCCACAAAACCUCUGCCAUGUUGAGUUGCAGAAGCUUGCUGUUGCAGAACAUGAAAGGAAGAAAAAAGCUAAAAGCUAAAAGAAACAGCAAAUGCAAAAGCGUAAAAUCUUCUUCCAAAAAGCGGAAACAUGUUAAUACCAAGGAAGAGUCGCUUCUCGCAGAAGAAGAUGACAGGGGAAAUGAAGAAGGGUUCAAACUCAAGGAUUCAGCUCCAUCACUCAUGCAUAGUGUUCAGCCGCUAGGAAAUCUGUACCUCAAUCCUGGAACAAUCAACUCGAGGAACACAGGUCUAGGUACUCUCCAGACCUUAACCGAUGAGUUGGUUAUUGAUAUUCUAGGGCUUUUGGAUGGAACUCAUUUGGGGAUUUUGGCUACCGUUAGCAAGUCCUUCUAUGUUUUCAUUAACCACGAACCUCUUUGGAGGAAUUUUGUAUUGGAUAAGUUAAAUGGUGGAUUUUCGUUUAGAGGUUCAUGGAAAACGACUUACGUUGCUUCUUGUUUUCCAUCAUUUGAUGUUUCCGUUAUCGAUGCUUCGGGUCUGAGGGUUAGAGACUUUUACUCGGACUAUCUGUUUCAGAGUUGGUUAUGUGCUAGUCUCGAAAUGAGACCGGAAUGGCUUGAGAGAGAUAAUAUAAUUCGAAAGAAAGGGAUUUCUGUUGAAGAAUUUAUGUUGAAUUUUGAGGAACCAAAUAAGCCAGUAUUAUUGGAAGGCUGUAUGGAUAAUUGGGCUGCACUGGAAAAAUGGAACAAAGAUUAUUUGGUAGAGGUGUGUGGUGAUGUAAGGUUUUCAGUUGGGCCAGUAGAAAUGAAGCUUGAGGAUUACUUUGACUACUCCGAUCGAGUUAGGGAAGAGAGACCAUUGUAUUUAUUUGAUCCAAAAUUUGCAGAGAAAGUUCCAAUUUUGGGUUUGGAGUAUGAUGUUCCAGUUUACUUCAGGGAAGAUUUGUUUAAUGUUUUGGGGGAUGAAAGACCUGAUUAUAGGUGGAUAAUAAUUGGUCCAGCCGGGUCUGGAUCAUCUUUCCACAUUGAUCCUAAUUCAACAUCAGCUUGGAAUGCAGUUAUCAGAGGGUCUAAGAAAUGGAUUUUGUUCCCACCAGAUGUAGUUCCUCCAGGUGUGCACCCUAGCCCGGAUGGGGCUGAGGUGGCAUGUCCUGUUUCAAUAAUAGAGUGGUUCAUGAACUUCUAUGGUGCUACAAAGAACUGGAAAAAGAGACCUAUUGAGUGUAUUUGUAGGGCUGGAGAGGUGAUAUUUGUUCCAAAUGGAUGGUGGCAUCUUGUCAUCAACUUGGAGGACUCAAUUGCCAUCACACAGAAUUAUGUCAGCAGGAGAAAUUUGGUGAAUGUGUUGAAUUUUCUGAAGAGGCCAAAUGCCAGCACCCUUGUAUCUGGAACAAGAGAUAGAGUGAAUUUGCACGAUAAGUUUAAGAAUGCCUUCGAGGCAGCUUUCCCCGGGACCAUCAACCAAUUGUUGCAGGUAGCGGAGGAGAAGAAGGCUCAACAACAGAAAGUUUCCUUCUGGGAUUCAGCACAAGAUUCCAAGGCUGGUGCUUUCAAGUUCUCCUUCUAAAUGAAUACCCAAGAACACACCACUUCUAGAUUUGAAACAGUUUUGACAUUGAUUACUUCCUCAUUCUCUUACCUUUUGUUAUCCUCUUUUGAGAAAGAAGGAAAUUGCCAAGAGUUGAAUUUUCGAAUGUUAAGUGACAUAUAUAGAAGGACAUUGUCUAGUUUUUUUGUUUCACGGUAUAAAUUUACACAUUUCA